UACCUGCAGAUGAAGUGGCCGCUGUUGGAUGUGCCGGCUGGGGCCACGCUGAAGGACAGCCGCUCACCGUCACCCGCACACCUGUCCAACAAGGUCCCGGUGGUGCAGCACGCGCCCCACAUGCACCCCCUGACGCCGCUCAUCACCUACAGCAAUGACCACUUCUCGCCCGGCUCGCCGCCCGCACACCUCUCACCUGACAUCGACCCCAAAACAGGGAUCCCGCGCCCGCCGCACCCCCCCGAGCUGCCCCCCUACUACCCGCUGUCUCCAGGAGCCGUGGGUCAGAUCCCGCACCCGCUGGGCUGGCUCGUGCCGCAGCAAGGACAGCCCAUGUACUCCAUCCCCCCCGGCGGCUUUCGGCACCCCUACCCUGCCCUCGCCAUGAACGCCUCCAUGUCCAGCCUGAUGUCCAGCCGCUUCUCCCCACACAUGGUCCCACCACCCACCCACGGGCUGCACCCCUCAGGCAUCCCACACCCCACCAUCGUCUCACCCAUCGUGAAGCAGGAGCCAGCCCAGCCCAGUGCCAGCCCCGGCAGCAGCUCGAAGUCCCCCGUCACAGUGAAGAAGGAGGAGGAGAAGAAGCCCCACAUCAAGAAGCCGCUCAAUGCCUUCAUGUUGUACAUGAAGGAGAUGAGGGCCAAGGUGGUGGCUGAGUGCACGCUGAAGGAGAGUGCGGCCAUCAACCAGAUCCUGGGCCGGCGGUGGCACUCGCUGUCGCGGGAGGAGCAGGCCAAGUACUACGAGCUGGCACGGAAGGAGCGGCAGCUGCACUCGCAGCUCUACCCCACGUGGUCAGCCCGCGACAACUACGGCAAGAAAAAGAAGAGGAAGCGAGAGAAGCUGGCCCAGCAGCAAAGCCACGAGGCAGACAGCGCGCUGCCCUCCAGGAGCAAGAAGCCGUGCGCCCCGCACCACCUGCCUCCCGACAAACCCUGCGACAGCCCGGCCUCAUCCCACGGCAGCAUGCUGGAUUCCCCUGCUACGCCGUCGGCCGCCCUGGCCUCGCCGGCUGCGCCCGCCGCCACGCACUCGGAGCAGGCGCAGCCGCUGUCGCUCACCACCAAGCCGGAGGCCAGGGCUCAGCUCGCCUUCCUCUCCAGCAAAUCCUCCUCCUCCUCCUCCUCCUCCCUGGGCUCCCCCCCGUCGCUGCUCCCCAGGCCCAUCGCCUUCCCCUCGCUGCUGCUCUCCUCCCCGCCGGCCCCGCAGCAGACGCAGCCGCUUGCGCUGGUCACCAAACCGGCCGACUGAGGGGGGUUGAAGAGGAGCCCCCCGCCUGCUGAGCGCCACCGACGCCACAAUCACGAUUCCCGACGCAGCCAAACCAUUAUUGGUCAAUAUUUGACCUUUUCUGAACUGUUUUUUUUUUUGGUGGGUUUUUUAUUUUUUAUUUUUCCUCUUUUGGGAAGCAGACUCUGGAAGAAGAGCCGCUUUCCCUUACCAGCAGUCGACCUGAAGACUGUUUUGAUUAAAAAAGAAAAAAAAAGGGGGAAAAGAAGGGUUUUUUUUUUUUAAUUUUUUUUUUUAAAAAAAAAAAAAAAAAAAAAAAAAAAAAAAGGACCCUUCCUCAAGGGUCCUCAAGGGAGAGUGCUGAGCAUCCAGCGCCGGUGCCCCCAAUGCUCCCAGUGCCCCCAGUUCCAUCCCACUGCAGCUGGACGUGGCCCCCAGCGCGGUGCUGGGCUGGGGGCUGUGGGGUGGGGAUGGGGGUGGAGGGCUUUGCCGUCAAAUCCCUGUUAUUUUUCACAAAAACAAAACAAAGAAAGAAAAAAAGGAAAUAAAACCACAGCUGCAACUUCGCUGCGUGAGCGUGGUGCG